AUGGCUGCGAAGACUGUGCCCAAGGUAAUUUUCAGAUUUUUCACAUAAAAAAUUGGUUUUUUUUGCAGCAAGAUGUGAUAUAUUAUUUUCUACUUCAAAUCUCAUCUGCCUUCAUGCUUUCCGCUGCUCACAAUGUUCUUUUCUUCGUUUUAGAUAUCAAAUUAUUCGUCACCCAAUUUCUCCAUUAUUUUUUCACUUUCCUAUUUUUAUCCCUUCUAAAAUAUUCGAAUUUUAUUCCAACAGUUCAAGUUUCUCGAAAUGAUUUGAUAUAUUCGGCUGCUUUCAAAUUACUCGAAACGUGCCUUUCCGCUUAUGCAAAUUCACAUAAUCGAACCGGUGAAUUGUUUUUGGUUCGAAUUUUUGAUUUUUUGACAACGAUUAGUGUAUUUGCAUGGACAUUGAGAAGUAAACCAAUGAGACCAGAACCAUAUUUGGUAUUGCCGUUGGGAUUGACUGUUUCGAUUUCAUGGUUUGAACCAGGGCAAUUGGAAUAUACGAGAGUUUCGAUGUUUUGCGCGUUUCUUUUGCCAUUUUCGAGAGCUGCUUCAUUGAUUUCAUUGAGAAAAUCUUUUGACAAAAUGGGAAAAGGUAUGGAAUUGGAAAAUACUGUAGUGCUUUUUUAAAAUCAUAAUAAAUACUAAAUUUUUUAUCACACAAGUCUCCUGGGAAUCUUGAAAAAUCUGGUAAAUCUUUUUUUUCCCAAAAAUUCAAAUUUGCAGGUCACUUAACCGCUUUCACUUUGGAAUAUUGUCGAAUUGUCAGUGUUCUUCUUUUUAUUCCCGCUAUUUUUUCAUAUUUUAUGAGUACAGUUGAAGUUACAGCAAGUUGGGAAAGUAUUGAUUAUGUAAGUUUAUCUAAAAUUAUUUUUUUGAAAAUUUAAAAUUUGCAGGUUUUGAUGAGUCUAUCAUUCCUUUUUAUGAUUUGCAAUUUGUACAGUGAAAUAUGGUUGCAACUUUCUCUAAAUUUUGGAAGUUUUUUGGUUUUCGAUAACUCGAAAUAUCUUCUCGCAUCGGUAAUUAAUUUUAUUUUUAAAAAUGAAAAAAAAUUUAAAAUUUCAAAAUUUUUGUAGUGUGCUCAAUGGAUAAUUCAAAACAUGGCGAAUCCAAAUAUUUUGGCAUUUGGUGGAAAAAUCGUGGCAUUUGCAUGCAUUUUCAGAAUUUGGGCUAAAUCAUAA